CCCUCCUUCACUAACUGUGCUCCUCCGGGCCCCUGCGUCUGCUCCCAGCCAUGGUGGCCAGGCUCACAGCUUUCCUCGUUUGCCUCGUUUUCUCCUUGGCCAUACUGGUCCAGAGAGGAUAUGGAGACUCAGAUGAAUUUAAUCUGGAGGAUGCACUGAAAGAAACUUCCUCAGUAAAGCAGAGAUGGGACCACUUCAGUACCACGACUAGGAGGCCAGUAACAACCAGAGCCCCAGGAAAUCCAACAGAGAGAUGGGACCAUGUCACCACUACUACAACUAGAAGGCCAGGAACAACUAGAGCACCAUCAAAUCCUAUGGAAAUUGAUGGGUUUGACUUGGAAGAUGCCUUGGAUGAUCGAAAUGAUCUAGAUGGCCCCAAAAAGCCAAGUGCAGGAGAAGCAGGAGGUCUGUCAGACAAGGAUCUUGAAGACAUCAUGAGAGGCGGGGGAUACAAACCUGACAAGAAUAAAGGUGGUGGUGGUGGUUAUGGAAGCAACGAUGAUCCUGGAUCUGGCAUAUCAACAGAAACUGGCACCAUCGCAGGUGUGGCCAGUGCCCUUGCUAUGGCCCUGAUUGGAGCUGUAUCCAGCUACAUCUCCUACCAGCAGAAGAAGUUUUGCUUCAGCAUUCAGCAGGGCCUCAAUGCAGACUACGUGAAGGGGGAGAACCUGGAAGCUGUUGUGUGUGAGGAACCCCAAGUGACAUACUUAAAACAAGAAACACAGUCUGCAGAGCCCCCACCACCUGAGCCACCCCGGAUUUGAGGCCCUGUUCAGUGGCAGGUGCAUAUGGAGGGAGCCACCGCUUGUGACCCAGCUCCGGAUUUCAUUUGCCAAUCCUUUCCCCAAGUUUCUUCCCAUGCCACUGGCUUCUUAUUGUAUUGAGUUUUCUGGACAAGCCUUAGGUGUUCAUGAGUGUGGUUUCUGUGCCCUGUCCUGCAGACUAUGAUGACUGUUCUGCCAUGAGUCCUCUGAAGAGACUCAGUGCUGAGACUUGAUACCCAGAUUCAGCAGAUUACUAGCACCAGCUUUGAAUGUCUCUGGGUCAUAGAGACAGCCUGAUCCACCUUUAGCAUGCGAAAAGGAAGGUGCCCAAGGUGAGGGGAGGACCAGAAGAUGGGGCAGCACUGCAGAACAUUUCUAGUUAAGCAAUAUCUAGGUACUAUGAAACUACCUACAUGCUAUAGUGGGUUGUUGUAGUAUUGACCACUAGCAGCUUUGAGGAGCAUGUUCAACUGGCAUCUGAUACAUAUGAAACCCAUUUUGAGACAAAUCAGACAGCACCAAGCUGCAUUGUGCGUCCGUGCACGUGCGCGCGCACACACACACACACAGCCACAAGCACACAUGCACACAUACACACACGGACACACACAAGCACACACAUGUAAUACACAUGUAUACACACACAUAACACCUAGGCACUUUAAAAAAAUUGAUUGUUCUUCCCAACUUCAGGUUUUCUAUUGUUCAGCUUCCAGGGAGCUUGUUCAGGUGAAGGCUCUUCAGUUAUUUUAGUGAAAACAUGUCUCACAAUAGUCUUAGCCCAAGAUUAGGAAUAAGGAGCAUGUGGGAGCUGUGACUUGCAGGUUUGAUUCCCAUCAGAUUCUAUAGAGAUCUCUGGCUGGCGUGGUAACAGGUCUUGGAAGUCACUCCUACAAAUGAACUUUCUACCAGGUCAGGGUGAGUGUUUACUCCUACCCUGUACAUGAAUCUUAUUUGAGUAGCAAGAGCUACAGAUCCUGAGAAUGAUCAUGGAAACCAGAAGUAUGCAUGUUGUUUUAUUAGAAGUGGAUAGGGAAGGGGGAGGGUAGGGGAAGGGAUGCUGGCUUAGCUGAGUGGAACAUCGCUGCUGUCUUUGUAGUUGUGUAGCUCUCCUCCCUGUCUGCUCUGAAGAGGGCUCUGACCAUGUUCACAGUAGUAAAUACAGGAAACCAAGGGGCCAGAGCUGACUGCUACCCCUAGUUUGGGCUGGAUCUACCUGCUUCCUGAAUUGUUUGACUCCAGUGAACUUGAUAGUGAACCCUGCAAGUGAAAGCUAAGCUAGCUUCUACCCCAUGUGAACUAAUAGCUUGCCAUGUCAAAAGCACUUCGGAAAGCAGAGUGUGUCACUGGGAAGGCAAGAUCCACAGCUCCUCUGGACGACAUGAUUGGCCCCAUAUAUUCCACAGGCUGUGAAUUGGCCCCUUCACCUCUGCUGAGCUGGGAAAAGGUAACACCCACCUUAAGAAACUACUGAACUCUUGUGCUGUCUAAUGCAUGCCUUGAGUGUGUCUAGUGUUUAAAGACUAUAUAUAGUGGAGGGCUGCUGCUGGUGUCAUGUCUCCAGACAGCCUGAACACCCAUUCCAGGUGUAUACCUGUGGACGAUGACAUGCCCCUUUUGCUUGGUCUUUGGUCCCAGACAGUCCAGGUCUGGGGAUCCAAUAGGGAAGCUGGAGCACUGGGGGAAAUGACACCAAGAUGAAAAAAAAGAAGCGCCUGGCCUCAGGAAGCCCCUUUUACUCUUCAGGAAUUAGCAAAGGAGGCAUUACUUACAAGAUGUGUCAUUUUCUAGACCCUCCUAACUUGCUUGUUAGCUUGCUGUCAACUUUGUCAGGAUUGUUCCUUACUGACACCAAGGACAUCAAGAGAUGAUGGUGCCACUGUUUGGCCAGUGCUGAGUUAGAGGUAGCUUAAGGAAGGAUUUUAGUAUUUCUGGUCUGUUGACAUGUAGCUAGGGUAAUCUCAGAGGGGUUGUCUACCUUUAUGCUGAGGCCUGUCUGAUAGCAAAGCCCUUCAACCUCACGGCCAUGAUGUAAAAUAAAUGCCCUCUUGUUAAACUGUUUUCUCAAUAGCACUGGUUCCAGUGAAAAAGAGCUCUAAUUUGCUCUCCCUUAGCUACCUCGGUGCCUUCUGCAUAAAGCCCUUCUGCAUAAAACCCAUCACUCAGCCCGCAGGCGCUAGCUAAGUGGCUGGACAGGCCUGGGCGGGCCAUCGGCCUCCUGUUCAUACAGUUUCAUCCCAGGGGCCGGGCUCCUCCUUCUCACUGGCAUUUUAUACUUGGUGGGGCAUUGUGGCCUGCAGAAGGCUUGGGACUGGUCCUGUAUCUGUGUCCCACCUGAAGGCUGAGUUGACCAACUUGGGCUAGUCCCAGGUGAUAGAAGGGAGAAAAGGAAGCAGAAGAGCCAAUUGGCAAGAUCAGAUCUCGAUCAGUGAAACUUGACAGGAAGAACUUUAAAAAUGCUCAUCAAGUGGCUUGAUGUAGGAGGCUGCCUACCCUGGUGUGGGGCAGGCCCACUGCCUCAGCCACUUGGGUUGUGGUUAGUACCAGUUCUCUGAGGAAGACAUGCUGGAGAUUGCCAGAAUCCCUGUACAUUGUUUUACGUGCUUGUGUCCAAGUGUGAAUUGUAAAUGGUCUUGUGUUUGCAUUAAACAAAGUGGAAUCUAACA